AUGACGUCGAGUUCGGACGAAGGCGAGAUCAUGGAGCAUGACGCCGUGGAAUUGAAGGCAACUUCACUGCCGAAGAAGUUUGAAGGAAACGGUGUUGACCGUCAAGACAGAACCCGAGAUAGAUACUCGGCCUCCAAAUCCCCCGUACACGACAAUGCCGCCAGGCACCACAACCCGCCGAGACGGAGCCGCUCGCCCCCGCCCCGUGGCUUUAAGCGCGCCCGCGACGAGCGCGACUACGCUGCCAGUGGCCGCCAAGAUACACGACGCUUCCGCGUGCACUACGAGGAUGGCCCGCGGGACGACUACCGCCGCUCGCGCGUCUCGUACGAAGACCUGGACCGCCCGCCCUCGCGCGGCUCGAACCACAGUCAGGAUGGCCGUGACAGGAAUUGGAGCCGCGACGGAGAAAGAGACACAUACCGGGAGCGAGACCGCUACCCAGACAAGCGGCCGCGCAACCGCACCAGAUCGCCCUACCGCCCCCCGCGCAACGACCGAGGAGGCCGCGAUAAUUACUACAGCAGAGACGGCGGCCGCGACAGGCUCGCCGAUUCGUUCCGAGACUUGAAGUACGACGAGCAAAGAGACCGAGACUCCCGCAACGGAGGCACGGGGUCGAACGGGGCCGCUGUAGGAAAGGAUUCUCGUGCUUCCAGAGACGAUGCUAAACCUGUGAAAAACUCUGCAGACGACAGGAACUCUGCUGCGUCUCGCUCUCGGGACCAGACGUCCGUCUCUCCUUACUCCAAGAGGACUCGGUUCCUGCUAACGCCCGAAGGCAGCGCGCCGCAGGUGGUCGAGCCCGAACACGGCUACGACGAGCCGGAAGAGCCAGUCGUCAUCGACGAGGAGGCCGAGAUUGAACGACGGCGGCGACGUCGUGACGAGCUGCUGGCAAAGUCCAAUUCUGCCACUCCGCUGCUCGUUCAUGCACUGCACGCCGCUGACAAGUCGGCCGUAUCCUCCCCCGCUCAAGAGGGUACACCUGGCACGCCGGUUGCAGGCGACGUUGGUACUCCAGGCACAGAUUUUGAAUCGCCCGCUCGAGAUGGGAGCUCUCCUGGGGCUAUUGACAUCGUGAACGAAAGCGACCUCAUGAACACCCACGGGGGCGGCGAGGUCACUGAAGAAGAUGGGCCCUCUGCAGCAGACUAUGACCCGACCGUCGACAUGAAGGAAGACGAGAGACGUGACGAAAUGCGCCACGGUAACGUUGGUGUGCACGGCGAAGCCCCCGAUGCUCAGACGGAGGCGGAACCUCAGAAACCACCCCAGGAAGCACCGGCGAAGAAGCCCUCGGGCGCUGAUGAGGAUGACGGCGAUUUCGACAUGUUUGCCGAAGACUUUGACGAUGAGAAGUACGCUGCUCCUAACCCUGCCCAGGUGGCCGUGGUGGACGAAAGCAAAGCUUCGCCAGCUCUCGCCCCGCCAAACGGCGCCAUUCUCGAGGGCGACGACAAGGAUGGCUACUACAAGAUCCGUAUUGGUGAGAUCAUGAACGGUCGGUACCAGGUCCAGUCCACUCUGGGUAAGGGCAUGUUCUCCGGCGUCGCGCGGGCCGUAGACGUAACGAACAAGAAGCUGGUGGCCAUCAAGAUCAUGAGAAACAACGACGCGCUGAGGAAGGGAGGCUUCACCGAAAUUGCCAUUCUGCAAAAGCUCAACGACGCCGACCCGGACAACCGCAAACACAUUGUCAAGUUUGAGCGGCACUUUGAUCACAAGGGCCACCUGUGUAUGGCGUUUGAACACCUCAGCCUGAACCUGCGAGAGGUGUUGAAGAAGUUCGGCAACAAUGUCGGAAUCAACCUGGGCGCGACGAGGGCGUACGCCCACCAGAUCUUCAUCGGUCUUGCUCACAUGCGGAAAUGCAGCAUCAUCCAUGCCGAUCUCAAGCCUGACAACAUUUUAGUCAACGAGAACCGGAGUGUGCUCAAGAUUUGCGACCUCGGAACCGGUAUCGACAAGUCGGACGCGGCUACGGCACACAACGAGAUCACGCCGUACCUGGUCAGUCGCUUUUACAGAGCACCCGAGGUCAUACUUGGCAUGCCCUAUGACUACUCGAUCGACAUGUGGUCCAUCGGCUGCACGCUGUACGAGUUGUACACGGGCAAGAUCCUCUUCGCGGGCGACAGCAAUAACCAGAUGCUCAAGGCCAUCAUGGAGAUCCGAGGCAAGAUCACGCCCAAGCUUUACAAGAGAGGGCAGCUGGCGGCGAUGCACUUUGAUGAACUGGGCAACUUUGUCAGCAUGGAGCGGGACAAGGCGCUUGGAAAGGUACGUUAA